AUGGUGAUGAUCCGUGUGAGCCACCAGCAGUUGCUCCUGGCCAUUGAUUAUGUGAUGAUCCAAUGGUGGACAUCUCUCCUGCUCUUCUUCUCUAUCUUAAACAAACACACACCUCCUCUCAUUCUUCAUCCUCCUCAUACACAACACACAUUCCAUUUUCUCCAACCUUCAACUACACACCACCAACAUCAAGCUCUACCAUCGCUGGACCAAAACGACUAUCAAGCUCCUCCACCACCACUGGACUACCACCGUGAAGCUCUGCCAUUGUCAAGCUGGACCACCACCAAUGUCACCGUCAAGCCGGACCACCACCACUGUCAAGCUGCACCACCACGUCAAGCUCCACCGCCACCGUCAAGCUGUUCCCGUCAAGCUUCGUCACUUCGCCACCACGGGACUACCACCAUAAGCCAUCGUCAAGCUCCACCACCACCGUCAAGCUCCACCACCACUGUCAAGCUGCACCACCACCGUCAAGCUCCUUCUCCGGCCACUAGCUAA